ACUGUACAAAGGUGUGUUGCACUUCAUCCAUUCAUCACCACCAGAUUAUUUUCAAAGAUCGCAUUCCACACAGCGCAACGUUCCUACUUCGCGCACCCUUUGUCUUCCGUAUGCCGGCUUCCAUACUAACCCUUCGUACACCCAAGCAAAUGAAUGGUUCUUGUUCCUAACAAUGGACCGUCCUCGACGAGCCUUACGGAGCAAUCCGUCCCGAGCUGCCAAAGUGAAGAGACCGGUGCGCGAGACACGAUCAACAGUAGCAUAUUUCAGUUCGCCGCCCUCCUCCUCCGAUGACGACCUUGACGAUGACUCCUCGGAUAGCGACCACUCCCUAAUACAGAGCACAUACUCUGCUAAACGAAAGCGAAAGAACGAUAACGACGACUACUCGCCCCGUCUCAGCAAGGUCACCCGUAGAUCAACCCGAAAUUCAACUCGUGAUGUUGCGCAAUCACCGUCGCGGACUGCUCGCACCACCCGCACCACACAUGCUAUUCAUACACCGAGUUCGACUGCGGACACACCUAUUUCUACGUCCACAGAUACUCCUACCGUCUUCCCUCCCUGGUCUACACUGCCAUACCAUGUUCUAAAGUGUCUUUUCGACCAAGUCGCUGCACCUAUUCGCGAUCCCUCAUCACGUCGCGAGGAUGUCUAUGAGGCCGUCAACGAUCUGAUGUCCGCUGCACGAACUUGCAAGUCCUUCUGCGAGCCCGCACUAGCAAAUCUAUACAAAUGCCCCCCGUUCUACCACCCAUGGCGCUAUACUAAGGAUCCCUUUACGUCUUUCAGUCAAUUUCUCGACGCUCUGAAUAUGUGCCCGGAUAUAACCAUCAUCAAGUAUCGACCGAAAGUCGAGAAUCUCCAGAUCGAAGUAGGCUCAACUUUGACGCAAAAAUUCAACGCGAAUUACCUAGCUUUACGAAAUGUGAUCCCGAACCUCCCUAGACUGUCUUGCCUAGAGUUGUACCACGAGUUUGAUGAGCCGCCCUACCGUAAACUCGAUGAGACCAUUCGGUUCAAAUGCGAAAAAGACGAUUUAGUUGAAGCUCUAGGGGGAAAUAGAGCCGACGACAAAACUGUGCGUAUAGAACUGACGAGUUGGCGCUGGAACUCUAGACUCAUGUCUCAGAAGUCUCUUCCUCUAGACAAACUGGAAGGUUUCCAUAUGAACCCUAGUUUUGCAAGUCUGCGCAAGAUCGCCUUUGUGAAUUAUCAGGAUGCGUCUUGGAGACUGCCGGCAAGGCUCCAUGCUAGUGAAGAGGUGCAGAGAAAGAGCCAAGCUUACAUGGCUCAACUUGCUAGUUGCAUUUCAGCAUUGCCGAAGCUUGAACAUCUCAUCUUAGAGACGUCUACGUUGGUCAACGGCGCAUUACUGAAUCGACUCCCGAAUUCGCUCAAGCACCUUGAACUCAUCAACUGUUGGGAACUAAUAGCUAGCGAUCUUACUAGCUUUUUGCUUUCGCAUGGUAGUCAACUACAAAGCCUUACCAUAAAUCAUUGCCAAUCGUUGAGUCUGUCCUUCCUGCCUGUCUUGCGGGCGGGUUGCCCGAAACUGGAGCAUUUGUAUAUGGAUUUAUCGUAUUACAAACACCACGAGCAUUAUGCUGACAACAAACCCGAAUAUGAGACACUUCUCGCGGAAGAUGAGGUACCAACAUGGCCUUCUUCAAUCCAGUCCAUUGAAAUCUUCCACAUGCGAAAGUGGGGUCGAAAGGCAGCAGAGGCGUUCUUUGGAAGCUUGGUGCAAAGUGCGCCUGACCUCCCCCAUCUUCGCCGUCUUGCCUUCAGGGUCGCGCUGGAUAUAAGCUGGCGCCAACGACAAGAGCUUCGGGAGUUCUGGGUUGACAAGAUGGUAGGGGUCUUUAAGAGAAGGGCAGCAACACCGAAAAAUGCCAAGACGCUCCGUCCGCACCCCACUGAACCCCGCCAACAGGUUCAACAGGAAUCGAGAGUGAAACCCAAUUCACCUGCGGCGUUGCCAAGCCGGCGAAGUACGCGAAUAGCUAACAUCUCACCUGCCCUAACUUCAUCGGAAGGUGAGACGGCUUAUGCCAAAACGACCUACGUUAGCAAGGCUCAACUUGUGAAGGCAUCGGCCAUUAGCAAAGAACUUAAGCGACUCAGAGGAAGCGGAUUGCUCCUCAAAGAACAAGACGCCGACGACGAAGAUAGCGAAGAUGAACUUGCCGCCGACCACUCUGACGCAAGCCAACUGGAUCGCAGGGUUCGAAAAAUCUCAAAGUAUCUCCCUGAUGGCGGCGAAUUUAUCCAUGGCAUGUGCGAUGUGGUAGACAUCCAGGUUGAUAACCAUCGACCUAUGGAAAGGCGUUUCGACAUGGACGAUUUCUUGGAUGAAUCGGAAGAUUCAGACCCUGAGUGGGACGGUGGGGAUGUUGAUGUUUUUGAUUAAAAGACGUCCCUUUCAAAGAUGGAAUGGACAAAGCUCCAUCCUCUAUAUCAUUUACAAAAGCAUGAUUUGCAUGAUUAAUAUGAGGCUUGCAUGGAACGGUUACAAUUAAGGGUUUUCGGCGUUGGUGGGGUCGGGGUCGAUGGCUUUUCGACAUAAGGAGUUUGAUUCGGAGAGUAUCCAAUCCCAAAUUGGUGGAAGGGAUAGAGUAUUCUUUAUACUUUGCAUUGCUAGAUGGAAAGGUGCAUCUUCAGAAUCUGAAUCCUACCCUCGAAAAGAAAGCGCAUAAUAGUUGUUCAUAGAUACUCCGGCGCAGACGCACAUAAUGCGAUUUGAUUUACUUGCAUC